GCUUACAGCUAGCAGCUGGCCAGCCAGCAAAGUCCCUGCCCGCCUCUGUUGCUAGCCUUCAGCAGCACCAAACAAACCCCUUUCAAUAGCCAGCGGCCUCCUCGGUACCACCAGCGAGCGAAGCGACAAUGCAGUACGCGGCGGCGGAGCAGGCGUGGUACAUGCCGGCGGCGCCGAUGGCGGAGAGCGCCGUGGCCCGCGUGGAGCGGCUGGCGUCGGAGAGCGCGGUGGUGGUGUUCAGCGUGAGCAGCUGCUGCAUGUGCCACGCCGUGAAGCGGCUCUUCUGCGGCAUGGGCGUGCACCCGACGGUGCACGAGCUGGACCUCGACCCGCGCGGCCGAGAGCUGGAGCGCGCCCUCGCCCGCCUCCUCGGCUACGGCCCCGCCGGCGCGCCCGUCGUCCCCGUCGUCUUCAUCGGCGGCAAGCUCGUCGGCGCCAUGGACCGCGUCAUGGCCGCGCACAUCAACGGCUCCCUCGUCCCGCUCCUCAAGGAGGCCGGCGCGCUCUGGCUCUGAGCUGCAGGCCGGCCGAGCGCCAUCGCCCUUGCUGCUGCUGUGCUGGCUCGUGGCAACAAGCUACGCAGCUCCCCUUGUUCUUGCCUGUCGUUAGUUGCUGCAGAACUUGUUGUCACUUGCUGCCGCAAGUAAGCUAAUCAAACUAAGGUGAUAGGAGGAUACAAUAUCCAUCGACAGGGUGAUGGUAGAUCAGUGAGCUGAUGACUUGCUGCAUAUGUGUGAGUAGUGUGUGUGUGCGAGAGAGAGGCUGGUACCGUGUGUGCUUUUUUCUCACUACCUACUGCCUCCGUCCGUGUCUCUGUGUGGAGUGCCGGCGCGUGCAUGUGGUGUUUGACGCAUGCGCUGGAUUUGCUUGCUUGGUGCUACUACACUGCUACCGCUGUUGUUCAAUUUGAUAUCCUUUAAUUUCAAUAGCUUGGCUGCUCUCACUUCUA